AUGGAGCAAGAUAUUUUUUCUCUAUCUCUCUCUCUCUCACCAGGCGAGAGUUGCCACCCCCUGACGCUCAAGGCUAGCUUUAUUGAAGGUGGUUUGCUUCUCUGUAUUGCUUCACAUCACACUGUUUGUGAUGGAAUCAGUCUACUUCAAGUGCUCGAAACCAUUCCUGGUGACUCUAAGCUGCCCGUCACUUCCGAAACCGGAAGCUGCAUCAAUCUUAAGAAGGACUUCAACAGCAGAGCAAUCCCACCUCCACAGUCAAUUCCCAGUACAUCUCACCCUCAUGGCCUUCAACUUCCCCCGUCAAAGCCUGUUGCUCCCUCCUCACCCGACCAUCAACCCCAAACCCCUUCCAAUAUUGCACAAAUCGCCACCGCCGCCCUCCAAAAUCCGCUACAGCAUCCAAUCCAUCACCGCCAGCACCUCCACCGAUCCCACCAUCACCCCCUCACUAUCCAAGCACCUAGCAACUCUGUCCUCCACUCCGCCACAUGA